AUGCCUUCAUCGCCUGGGGAAGAGGGCGCUUCGCAACAAGAUGCCAGGGCUCCCGGCUCUUUUGCCAGCGUUUUCAAAGGCCUGACGGGAGCGACAAAGCUCACAAAACUGCCGGGCGGCGGCCCCGUGCCGCCUGUCCAACCGGCAGAGUUAUUUGUGAGUGCCCAGGUUGCUCAGCAACUCAAGGCCUCGGCACCCAUCACUCACGGAGUGCCACAGCAGCACGUCCAAGCGCUCAACCAGUUACGCAAUGGUGCCACUGUGAGCGAGCGAGUCGCGGCUGCAGCCGCUCUACGUCAGGCAGUCAUCGAUUACCCUUUGAAUCCAGUGCUCGACAUAUGGUAUGCCGCCAAGGACCUUGUAGACUCAACCAACUCCGAGGGCACGCGCGCUGCUGGUUGGGAGUUGUUGACGGCGUGUGUCAGGCAUCCCUCGUCGACCGGGCUGGAGAGGAAAGAAUUUUUCCAGACCAUCUCUUCCAAUACAAGCCCUCAAGAUUUCAAGUUCCAGCUUGCAGCUCUUGCUGAGCUGACUAGGAACGGUCGCAAUAUAUCGGGCUUUGACUACGAGGUGUUCCCACUCCUGUCAACCUGGCUCAUGCAGGCAUUCAACGCCGUCAAGAGCGCUCGGAGCGCUGCGAAGCGAUCUGGACUGCGCUUCAAAGGCAAGACCAUAUUGUUGCCUGAAGAGGAGAACUUCAUAAAUCUCUUCGCAUCCAUCAGAGAUCUCAUCAAGUUCAACAUCAGCGCAGCCAAUGAAGAAGCGGUGGAGUCACUCGUUGAUUCGCUACUGAAGAUCUGCAUGACAGCCAGUGUCGAAGACGAUCUAAGAGCUUGUAUUGACGUGUUGGAGUCAAUCGUGACUUACGGCGCGAUCCCACAGACCAAACACAAGAACUGCGUGCAUGUGCUGAGCUCAAUCCAUUCUCUGGUGCCGUCACUCGAGAAGGCGUCGUGGCACACGUUCCGUGUGUUGUGCCGUUCCCACAACGGGGCCGCAACUGUUAGACAGUUGAUUGAAGUGCUUAGCACCACGCCCGAAAGAGAAGAGAAGCAGGAGACAAAGAAGCAAAACGUACGAGAACUCCGGGGCGCGCUUUCCAUCCUCCAGAAGCUGGUUGCGAAAAGUUCUGAAAAGGGCUACCCGGCGAUACCGUUCACGUUACUAGUCGAUGGCUUGAGUAAGGCUGUCGACUCUACGUCGAGCUGGCGUGUCCAGCUUGACGUCCUGCGCCUGCUCAACGUCUUAUUCGAAGACGAAGGGACGCAAGUAAAUACGAUCCUGAGCGACGAGGACUGGGCCCCAUUGCUCCAGGUCGCCGUCGCCUGCGCAGGCAUCGCUAUUGGACAGAACAGUACCAGAGAAGAGGUCGUCAAAUCUCCAAAUGCACGCGAGGAAUUUCUCACGCCAGAAAUCACCAUCACCGAUGAGGUUCUCAAGUUGGUCUCUCGCAUCGAGAUGCUCAUCAACACAUCGGUCACGCCCUUACUUCAGCGGGAGGACUGUAUCGACUUUCUUGCUAAGCUGCAUCAGUUACUUCCCGACUCGGCAGCGCUGGCAGUGCUAGACUACUACAAGGAAUUCCGGUGCUGUUUCCCAUCAGACGCGGACUGGGAGACGAAGCUUGAGAGCGUUUUGCACGACUUUUUCUCCGACAAGGGCCGAUCGACAGAAGUCCGGUCCAGAGCUCUGCAGAUUGUCACGGAGCUUUACGACAUGAUUGAGCUAAUAGACGAUCACAUUGAGCCCGGCUUCGUGCCGGAACUCAUCCGACGACUCUUGGUCGGAGUCUCGGAGGAAACAGACGUAUUACUUCUUGAAGAGUUGAUGGCCUUCUCUUGUGCUGUUGCCACCACGGCCAACUACGAAUUGUUCCGCACCAUCGUGGACACUCUUCGAGGCGUUAUUGGCGGAGAGCGAUUGCGCACACCAAUGGAGCCUGAGACCACGAGCUCCGCUUCGAGCUCGACUCAGGACACCACGCGAGGACUUCAGUCAACAACACCGUCGAAUGUGGUUGCGAAGGGCUAUGUCAGACUGUUCGUAAAUGUCAUGGGACAUGAUUCCGCCAAGGCUAUCCACCUAUUCGAGACGCUCGUGGUUAUGUCGAAGCUGGAAACGUGUGAAGUCGACGCCCGGCUGACUGCCAUGAAAAUGCUAUUCCGACUGAGAGCAGACUGGGCCAACCGCAUUUUCCUUCUCUACGACACUGAGUCGAUCCCAAUGGCUGCCAAGCUUGUGCGGACUGAAGCUGCCUUAGUGCGGAAGCAGGCAGAAGAAGCUGCUCAAGGCAGCAGGCACAGCAAGACGGACGGUGUAGGGCCAGUAAGACCGAGUCGUGGGACAUCCUUCUCGCAACUGCAUUCCUCAGAUCGAUUACAAGCAACAGCAAGAUCUUCCAGCGGAGUGCGACCACUUCAGGCGCACAAUCAACCAAUGUGGAUUUUACCCGACCCCGAAGCACUACCCCCAAACACCUCACAGCUGGCAAGCCCAGUCCUCUUCUCCACCUCACCAGAACCAGGUACCGCGUCCGAGGAUCAAGCGGCUGCUACCGACGUAUGUGUGCUACGGACUAGUCUAUGGCUGGAAGCUGUCUUGGAGCUCUUGAAAGAAGGGUCUGACUGGGAGGUGUACAGCUUCAUGCUUGUGCAUCUUCCCUCCCAGCUCAGCAACCAUGCACUGUUCAAAAUGGCAAUUCCACAGAUGCAGGAACUUCGACGACUCGUCUGUGAGCAGUUGCGAAACAACAGCCUGCCAGAACCGCCUAGUACACAUGGACUCCGGCGUGCUGACGUUGCUAUUUGUUACUUUCAAUCCCUGACCAUGAUCCUCAGCUAUCACCACCAUUUUCAGAAGGCUGAGGAAGAUGACAUUGUUCGGACCUUCGUGCAAGGCAUCGCGCACUGGGAGCGGAGCGCUAAGAUUUGCAUCCAUGCUCUUUCAAUCUGCUGCCACGAGCUGCCCUCCUCGACGAGUAAAAUGCUCGUCACCAUGCUGUCGAAGAUGUCCCAAAUCAUUACACAGCCAUACGUCGCAAUGCAUAUCCUUGAAUUCCUGACGUGUCUCAGUCGGCUGCCGCAGCUAUACGCGAACUUUCACCAGGAGGAAUUCCGGAUCGUGUUCGGCAUAUGCUUCAGAUAUCUGCAAUACGCACGCGAGAAGAGACAAGUCCACAAACCGUACACGCAGGCCGAGACACAAGCCUCAGAAGCCGGCCAUCCAGACAUUCGGCCGAUUCCGAAUGCAACCGAUGACCUACCUCAGUAUGUGUAUGCUCUUGCAUACCAUGUCAUCGUGUACUGGUUUCUGGCGUUGAAGCUGCCGGACCGUGCAGCUCAUGUCGGCUGGAUAGCGAAGAAUCUUUUCAUGGAUGCGGACGGAUCUCAGGCGUCCGAUGAGCAAGCACAAACUACCAUCGACUUCAUGCAGCGAGUCACGUAUGCAGACGUCGUGGAAUCUGCAGCCGAUCCGCUCUUCACUUCCGAGCGGUUCGGGCCGAUCAACAAGAGGCGUUGGCUCGUUGGCAAUAGUAUCGUCACCAUUGAGCAAGCAACGGCGUCAGGCUGGGCGCAAAUCACAAAACGACAUCCGUCCGGUACCUCCUCGUAUAUGAUCCGCGAAAACUACCAACAGCCACCUCCUCACCAGAAAGGCCUGGGCGAUCUCGGGAGAGACGAAGACGCGGCGCUUGCCAAUGAUAUCCUUCCAAACCACCUUCUCGUGUCACUUCUGACGUCCCUGCCGCAAGGGCAUGAUCACACUCGCCCGAUUCCACUGCCGGAUGAUGAUGCGGUGCAGCGCGCGAUUCGCAUGUUUGAUCACAACUCUACUGUCGAUGGGCACAAAGUUGGCGUUAUAUACAUUGGGGAGAAUCAGACUCACGAGACGGAGAUACUGGCAAAUGUGUCCGGCAGUAGCGACUAUGUGGAGUUCCUGAAUCGUCUAGGUACACUGACGAAGUUGAAAGGGGCUUCCUUCAAUACGCAGGGGCUGGAUCGGCAGUACGGUACUGAUGGCGAGUACACAUUCUGUUGGAGGGAUCGUGUCACCGAGAUGGUGUUCCAUGUGACUACGCAAAUGCCGACAAACAUCGAGCACGAUCCAGGAUGCACCCUCAAGAAACGACAUAUCGGCAAUGACUUUGUCAACAUCAUCUUCAAUGACUCUGGGUCCCCCUUCAAGUUCGACACGUUUCCUUCUGAUUUCAACUAUGUCAACAUCGUCAUCACGCCUGAGUCGAGGGGUUCCUUUGUGGCAACCCGGCAGCAGGCAGCCAGUGGGGUCCAGCAGACGUCGUUUUACAAGGUCCAAGUUAUGAGCAAGCCUGGUUUCCCGGAGAUAUCACCAGCAUCGGACACCAAGAUUGUCAGCCUCAAAGCCUUGCCCGCAUUCAUCCGACUGCUGGCUCUCAAUGCGUCUGUUUUCUGCUUGGUGUGGUCCACACGCGACAGUGGUGGUGACAACAUUUCGCCGUGGCGGAAUCGUUUACGGGAAAUUAUACGUCUCCGGGAGAAGUUUGGUCUCAAGUCAGCCACGGCACAGCCUCAGCACGACACUCUGCGAGUGGGCAAUGCAAUGCGAGACAGCUUUAGCACCCUGCGCCGGUCGUCCGUAGCGACGUUCUUCUCAAACAACAGCGAACAGCCGCCUCAGCAUGUAUCCCAACGAUCGUCUUUGGCGUCUACGACCAACUCUGACACUGCCGAGCUCAACAACGCCAGCGCUGUGGAAUCGGUUGUGGACAGCGUCGAUUUUUCCAAGUGGGCAUAA